GAUCUGCUGUCUUUUCCCCAGUCAGUCUCUCGUCUCCGUACCAUGUCUGUAUAUGGGCUGCUGUGUGUCAUCAUCUCUUCCCACUGCACCUGUGUCCCCCUAUCAUAACCCCCCCAUCCAUCGUGUCCGUUUAUAACUGAGACACAUCACACCGCAUCAUUGUGCUUUAGAGCCCAGUCCCCUGUGUCUCCCCUGCAUCUCCCAUCCUCUGUGACACAGCUGCAGUAUGGAGGAUGUAGAUGGUCAGAGCUCAGCCAGAGCCCAACAGAUGACAGCAUCCAACCCAGGCUCAGGAUCUACCGGCCGCUGGAUUCCUCAGCCUCUUACCAGAAGGAAUCAUUCUUACCCCAGAGAGUUGCUGAAUGGUGAGUAUUCAGAAGAUGAAGAGCCGCCGGACCUUGAGUCAGAGUCUGGAGAUGUUCCAAGUGGUUCAGAAAGCGGUCCCAGUAGUAUGCUUUUAGAUAGCCAAGAUUUAAGAACCCAGAUCAUACAACUGCUGACAGAACUGGAAGAAACACGGGAACUGGCACUUAAACAUGAAGACAGCUUUUUGGAGAUGCAGGGUAUCUUGGAGGAAGAGCGAUUGGCAAGUGCUCAACAAGCUGAGAUUUUUACCAAGCAAAUUCAGAGACUGCAAGCUCAGCUGCGCUCUGUGCAGGAAGAAGUAGACAGCCUGGAGCAGGAGAAGGAGUGCGAACUGCUGGAGGUGUCCCAAGAGUUGCGAUGUGCUCAGGAGGAGAUCAUGUCUCUGCGGCAGGCUGCAGAAGAAGCUGCAGCUGAGAGGGAGAGUGACAUUGCUUCCUUGCAGGAGGAGCUGUGCAGGCUGCGAGCAGAACUCCAUGAAUUGCAGGAGACAAGACAGGAGUAUGAAAUGGAGAUAACUACUCUUAGAGCAGAGAUCAGCAUGAAAAUCUGCAGUGGCCAUGUAGGUCAAGAGCCAGCAACCCUGCAGGGAGAGCUGCAGUUCCUGCGUGACCAGUGUCAGCACCUUCAGAUGGAACGCAGUAUUUUGCAAGAGAGUAACAGUCAACUGAAGAGUCAUCUUUUACUUCUGGGUGGAGAGAGGGUGCAGGACACAGAUCAUGGUGAUGGCACAGAAGAGUCACAUCAAGACCAUGGGGAAGAAAGUGAAAGUCUGACAGAGAAAAAUCUCCCCGAGUAUGAUGGUGAAAACAUCAUUGCUCUGAGUGGAGUUAUUGAGACACAAAGCAUGGCUGAGCCUGAGAAACAUAAAAUAACCCGUGAAGAGGACAGGAACAGACUGCAUAUUCAGCUUCAGAGUGCCGAGGAGAAAGUGCAAAUAGCGCAGAGUGAGUGUGCUGGACUCCUUACUGAGAUUGAGGAACUGCAAAAACGUCACCGUCUCAGCCAGGAGGAACAGGAGAAGUUACAGGAGGAGCUGAGGUUAUGCAGAGAGGAGAUACAUAGGUUGAAGGAGAGUGGCUUGCAGGCCCCCUGUGGAUCUGACCCUCCUGUUCUCUCCCUUCCCCUCCUAGGACUUAUUGUUAUAGUGGGGACACUCUGGUGCUGGUGGGCUGAGACGUCCUAGUGCACAUCAGGCUGCUCUUUGGAAUCCACUCCUCUUCCUGGCAGUGGCUGCAGCGGUGGCAUUACUGUGCCCAAGUUUAAGGAGAGGACUCGAUUGACUGUGGACUGCAGUGACACAGCACAGCAUUCUUACACAAUACAGUGCACUGUAUUAACAUUUACACUGCAAGCUAACAGAACCACAAAGAGGCACAACACGCUAUCGGCACAACUCACACCACAUAUGAUAGCCAGGAACUCAGCACAGUAUUCCUCCUGAUCUACAAUUUGUAUGUAGUGCAUUCUGUCUACAUAUUGUGAGACAGGCCAGUUGACAAACUAGUGAGCGUUUAUAACCUUACCAUAUUGCACACACCUUAAAUCACAUUGCUCACUAUUCAUCUCAGCAUGAUGAAGUAUAUACCGUAUAUAGAAACCAGCAAUGCUUUAGACUAGUUUCACAUUGUGCACGAAUCCUUCAUAUGGCGAUCAUGCUGCAACAUGAGCUAUUAUAUAUUUAUUGAGUAGGAUUUAGGCUUUUGAAUAUUCGCUUUAUAAAGUUGCAAUCCUUCCUGUCACCAACUUUAUCUUGUAUAUAGAAACGUUUGUGAGUGGUCAUACGGUUUUGUUUUUAGUCUAGUUAUUGACUAACUGUACAUAGCAGUAGCAGCAGGCUCUGUAUUCCCUGGGUGCUGUGUCCUAAUGGUGCAACACUCUGGCACAUUUUACCAUGUAGACUAUGCUUGGAUUUAUUUUAACCUGUUUAUUUAUGGGCUCGAUGGUAGAAAUUCAAUGCUUUUGAUUAUAUUACACCUUGUUUGGUCAGAGGGUGGCACAUUCUAACCUUAAGUAUUUGCUUUUCUGGGUGCCAGUUUUAAUAGUAGUUUGUUCAUGUUAUAUAGGUGCUAAGCUUUUUCUGUCUUUGGCUAGACUAUCAUUUUAAACAAAGCUACUUUUAUAGUAUAAUAUGGUAUUUAACCCUACACUUUUUAGAACCAGUUUUUUAUCUAAUAAACACAAUAUGCAUCAUUAUUGCUCAUAAAUAGCUAUAUAACAUAUAUAUAGCCAAGAAGCCAUUUAACAUAUUAUUGUUUUGUAGGCAAAACAAUUGGAAAGGUACUGUUUAGCUAUUGAUUCUUUUGACUGUUAUAUACCGUAUCUGUUUCAUACUAAAGUUGAAGGCCAUGCAACCAUCCACUUCAGCCUGUUAGUGUCCAUUACUUAUACUGCAGAAGGCAAAACACCCCUAUGAAGUAGUCGCCAAUUGUCCACCUUUUUGGAAUAAAGAAAUGCCUUCCUGACUAAACAGAAUCAACUACCAAUGUCCACAACCCAUAUCACGUUGACAGUCUCUUUGUACAAGCAGGUACUAAGGCUCAUUUAUAAAUGUGUGGAAUAUACAGAUAGCACUUAAAUUGUCUAUAUGGCAUACUGAACAUAUGAAAUAUUAUAAAAGUCAUGUUUGAAUUAUGUCAAACAAAAGGGUUAUUUCACAGACAACCCCUGCCCAUAUGCCCAGUUAGGGCAAUUACAGGCAGUAUAGGGACUCUUCCCCUUUACUAGCUAGAGUGGAGAGCAAGAGUGGCAGACUCUGGCAGACUAAGCCUUGUCACGUAUCACAUCGCCAAGAGACUACAUACCAUGCCCUUGGUUCAGUCCGCUUUGCUAUUAGGUGACAGAAACCGGUUCUGGAUUUACCAGGACAAAGGAAUGGCAUUAUUAGCAAGCAAGUGAAUUGGCUUAAAGGGGUACUCCGGCGCUUAGACAUCUUAUCCACUAUGCAAAGGAUAGGGGAUAAGAUGCCUGAUCGCAGGGGGCCCACCACUGGGGACCCCCGUGAUCUUGCACACAACACCCCAGUUAAAAUCAGUCCCCGGAGCAUGUUCGCUCCGGGUCUGAUUACCGGCGACCAUGGGGCAGGCGGCGUGUGACGUCACGCCUCUGCCCCCAUGUGACAUCACACUCCGCCCCUCAAUGCAAGCCUAUGGGAGGGGACUGAUUUUAACUGGGGUGCUGCGUGCAAGAUAACGGGGGUCCCCAGUGGCAAGACCCCCGCGAUCAGGCAUCUUAUCCCCUAUCCUUUGGAUAGGGGAUAAGAUGUCUAAGCGCCGGAGUACCCCUUUAAGAGUCAUGGAAAGAGUUGUGAGGAAAAUACAAAGACCAGAUCCUUGGAAAUGGAUUAAUAAAGAGAGCCAUAAUGGGGAGGGAGGCACUUUCAUCUUUGCUGUGGUCUCCUAAGUAUGACAUAGGUCUCAUAUUCAUAUGAAUGAAUUCAGUGUAAUACUACAUUCCCGGUGGGGCACACAGCACAAGUAAAAUUUGUGGCUGAGGGUUACAGGUGGCAGAAUUGUACCUAAUUGCUAGGUCAAUAUUUGUUAGAAGUUGUCUUUGUCAUAAGAUCAGGGCUCAAGUCCUGCAGGAACGCAUGGGAACUGAGUUCCUGCACUUUUUCCACGGCAGGAACACUGUUUCCAUUAGCAGGAGUCCUUCAGGACCAGCCCUUGAGUGGAAAUCUUGGGUGAGUUCCCACACUAUUUUUUCCCAGGACUUGACCCCUGCAUACGACCCCUUUAAAUAGUAUGGAACAACAUCAUAUUUAACACACUUUACCAUCACAAUUAAAGGCACAAAUCAAGCAGUACAUUUUUCAUUUCAUCAGAUUAGAUCUAAGAAAGGUCUUGGGAAAGAGAGUGAUCACUGACAUACAUGACCUUUAUAAAUAUCUUCUACUUGGUGCCAUCUCAUGGAGAAUAAUGCUGUCACAUGCCAUUGUGUCUAUGCUAUUGAACCACGGCCCGCAGUAUAUAACUUUGUGUUUAGGGGUAGGUAAUGUUUGUGCUUGUGCCAUUGGCAUGUAUACUGUUAUGUAACAUUUAUAGUCUUCAAGCUUUAUAGUCUAUGAAGGGACUUUAGGUAUAUUGGUACACACUGCAGAGACCUUAUUAAACAGACCUAUAAAUCUUUCCAUUCUAGGUUGUUCACUCUAGAGGGAAUAUUAACUGUGAUAAAGCAUAUCUGAUAUGUGUAUGAGGCAGGUAUUCCAUGUUGGUCUGUCCGGUAAAUACUCAGAUGACCGGGUUGGUAUGUAGUCUGAGUCUGCACACAAUGGGGGAGAUUUAUCAAAACCUGUGCAGAGGAAGAGUGGUGCAG